CCCACGAAGCACUCCCACACGACGUAGUCUCGGAUCUGAUCUGGGAUCUGGUUGGAUUCCGCAACAAACCCAAAAAAAACCCCAAAACGCAGCCGCCCCGGUAUGUGUGUGUGAACGGAGUGUUAUUGACAUUUGGAUGAAAGCAACAAUUAACCCUGAAUAUAUAUUUGGUGUUGAAGACGGAUCGGAUCGGCCGCACAGAGUUACACUUUGGAUGGAGUGCUUCUCUUUAUCCAAACACCGCACAGAGGCGCUGAGGGGGAUCGGAAUUCACCGGUGACAAGAAAACAAGGAACAGAGGAUCCGCUCGUCGCACGCAGUGUUAAAAAAAGAAGAAGCUUUUCUUCGUUUUGAUUACAAAUCACGACCACGAUUGUUUACGACUUGAGUGGAUGAAAAGUGCUUCCGAAAAAAGAGACGAACCCCAAACUUUCCGUCGUUUGCUCGACUUUGAAGAAACAGUUUUCCGACCAUGGCGAAGAAGUACGAUUUCCUCUACAAACUGUUACUCAUCGGGGACAGCGGAGUGGGGAAAACGUGUCUGAUCAUCCGUUUAGCUGAGGACAAUUUCAACUCCACGUACAUUUCCACCAUCGGCAUCGACUUUAAAGUAAAAACCAUUGAAGUGGGUGGAAAGAAAGUCAAACUACAAGUCUGGGACACAGCAGGACAGGAGAGGUUCAAGACCAUCACAACGGCCUACUACAGAGGAGCCAUGGGCAUCAUCCUGGUGUACGACAUCACAGACGACAAGUCCUUCGAAAACAUCCAGAACUGGAUGAAGAGCAUCAAAGAAAAUGCAUCAGCUGGGGUCAAUCAAAUGUUACUCGGCAAUAAGUGCGACAUUGAAGCAAAGCGGAGAGUUUCCAAGGAGACGGGAGAAAAGUUGGCAAAAGAUCAUGGCAUCAGGUUCUUUGAGACCAGUGCAAAGUCCAGCAUAAAUGUGGAUGAGUCUUUUCUCGCUUUGGCAAGCGACAUACUACAGAAAUCCAGCAAGAAAACAGGCCCCACAGGUCGAGAGGUGAAAAUCACAAGCAGGACAGAGAAAAAAUCCUCCAAAUGCAUUCUUCUCUAGAUAUGUCGUUGGCCAGCACAGAUAAGAAAGAGCCGUACAAAUGUAAGAUUGCAUCAGUUCAUGGGGAGAGUACAGCAGGUUUUCUGUCUCCAUCUGGUGGGCUUUCAUAUCAAAUACAUACGGGUGCUUUGACACUAAAACUACAUUUGUCCCCCAAAAGUGUACUUUGGCAGAGACGUAUUCCUCCUUCGAGCUCAAAUUGUAUUAAAGUGACAGUGCCUGUAUAUCUUCUGCCACAUCUCCAGCGAUGCGGUGGCAUUGUUGCACAGUCUAAAUGACUCCAAACUCAAAACAAAGCAUUUCACUUGGCAAUUCCCACCAUGUUUAGUUAAGCUGUACAUUUCUGUUUCUGCCUUGUUUUCCUCUGGCUUAACACCACACUUUCAUCCAUUCAACAGCACUACUUGCUGUCUUUCAGGACCUUUUUAGUUGUGUCUUUAUAACUGGAUAGCUUUGUCAAAACCAAACCAAAUCACAACGUAAUGGACCAAUGUAUUUCUCAUGUGUGAGCACAAACAGCUUUUAGGGGCUCGACUGCAAAGGAAGAGUUUGAUGGAAAGUGUUUUGAACCUCAUAUAUUCUGUUUGAUGGUUCAAAUACUUGACAUCAUUGCUGAAUUGAUAAAUGAAGUGGUAAAACUUAUAAAACAAUAAUUAAUAUUGACAACAUGUGUAGUUGCAUUGUGUUUAUAUUGUGCCUAUCCUUUGAGAAUUGCUGAACUAUUUAAAUCGUGGACACUAUGUUAAUGAAUUCAACAGAAUGUCCUGUACCGGAUGCCAUUUUGCGUUAAACCAUUGUUGGGGCUAUGAGAAGUUGGAAAAAACGCUCACUUGCGUUAAUGAAUGAAACAAGUUGAGGGAUGCAUGUUGAACUGAAACAAACAAUGGUCAGGUACACAGUUUGUUUUAACAGAUGAAUGGGUUGAGAAUGUGGACGAUAGGAACAGAGAUCAGUGCAAUAUGAGAAGUUGAGAGAUGACACAAUGAUAUAAAGCAAGUUAAUGGACAGGAUGUGAGGGAAGCAGCAGUGCUCACAUGACCCUCACUUUGAAUUGAUUUAGUGGGUCGUGCCUUUUAUCUGAAGUGCCUGGUUUAUCUCUUACUUAACACUACCACACGAUAGCUAUCAGACAAGACAGUUUCUCCAUUCAGGCAAUUUCAGAUCAUUCAAAAUGUCUCUGAUUAGACGUGCUUCUCUGAUUUGGGCAGGCUUGUAUUUCCUGUAUCUUUUGUUUUGUUCUUUCAAACUCAGUGUCUUUUUAGACACACCACAAUACUGUUUGUGUAGUGUACAUACCUGCCACUUGCUUAAUAAAAAUGAUAAAC